AUGUGUGGAAUCCCCCGCCCCAGCACCGGCCACCGCAUCGCCAUCAUGUUCCCACCCCGACACCCAAACAGCAGCACCGCGCAUCCCGCAACAGCAAACUACUCCCUCUUCUUCCGGGAGUCAGAUAGCGACAGCAUGCAGACAACAGCAGUCUUCCGGAGUAAAGAUACGUCGAUGAUUGAUAUCUUUCGUGCCUGUCGUGGGAUUGAUCUGAGGAUUGAACGCCACGGCGACCUAACACUCACCCCCUCAACACUGUUGUCAUCAAAAUCCCAACCACUGCACCAAUUCCAACUACAACCACACUUCUCAACAUCACAAUCGAAAUCAGCAGCACUUUCGUCCUCCGAACUCGAAUUCUCGCUCCCCGAACGCCUCGACCUCGGAGUUUCAGAGAGGGGCAUCGUCGGGCGCCAGGUGACGGUGUUUGCGACGGGGCAGGCGGGUGAGGUCAUUCCGAUGGGGAAUGGCAUUGUUGGGUAUGAUUAG